GCCGUCUAACUGUAGAAACGCAGCAUGAGAAGAACGCGCCAUUCAAUGCCGGUCGUCGCGUGUUUUUUGAACAAUUCGUUACUUAAUCAAUAAAAUCAUAGCACAGUUUAUAGUCCCAUGCCUUAGAAAAAUUGUGAAUUAAAAAAGCAAAAUACAGAAAUUUAACCAAAACGGAAAAGUUUAAUUAAAGUGAAACAUAUUUACUAAUAUAUUGAAGACAACACACAGUCAUGGAGGAGCUUUUGGAAAGUUGCGGAAUGCCCUCACUUAGCAUAUCCGGUGCAUAUCAUGUACUCACUCGUCGCAAACCCAUGGAGGAUACAACCGAAUCAAAAUUGGCCAAGGUCUUGUCUGCCUUUGAUUUGACAGCGCUUGGCAUUGGCUCAACAUUGGGUGUCGGCGUUUAUGUGCUGGCCGGUGAGGUCUCCAAGGUAUAUGCUGGUCCUGCUGUAGUCAUAAGUUUCUUAAUCGCAGCGAUUGCUUCGAUAUUCGCCGGUCUCUGUUAUGCUGAGUUCGGCGCACGCGUGCCAAAAGCCGGUUCAGCAUACAUUUACAGUUAUGUGACCAUUGGUGAAUUUAUGGCCUUCAUUAUUGGCUGGAAUCUGAUAUUAGAAUAUGCAAUUGGUGGCGCCAGUGUGGUUAAAGGUCUCAGCACCUAUCUAGAUAAACUUUUCAACUAUGCAAUGCGCGAUUACUUAAGCAGAAAUUUCGCCAUGAACAUCGAGGGUCUUGGCGACUAUCCAGAUUUCUUUGCGCUGAUCGUGACAGUACUAUUCGCUUUAGCCAUAGCUGUAGGCGCCAAGGAGUCGACGCGCUUGAACAAUGUCUUUACAUUCCUCAAUUUGAGUGUGGUGCUCUUUGUGAUCAUCGCUGGACUCUUCAAAGUUUCACUCAGCAAUUGGUCUAUACCCAAAGAAGAAGUACCCGAGGGCUACGGCAAUGGCGGCUUCAGUCCAUAUGGUCUAACGGGCAUCAUACGCGGCGCAGCAGUCUGUUUCUAUGGUUUCAUUGGAUUUGAUUGUAUUGCCACUGCCGGUGAAGAGGCUAAAAAUCCCAAAAAAUCCAUUCCGUUUGCUGUGGUCACAUCGCUCGCAACGAUCUUUCUAGCUUACUUCGGAGUCUCGACAGUGCUUACCAUGAUGCUGCCUUAUUUCGAGCAGGACGAACAGGCGCCGCUACCGCAUGUCUUCAGCCGUUAUGGCUGGUGGGUUGCUGAGUAUUUGGUUACCAUUGGCGCGCUGUGCGGGCUCUGUGCCAGUAUGAUGGGUGCCAUGUUUCCACUGCCACGUAUCGUCUUCGCCAUGGCUUCGGAUGGACUGCUGUUCAAAUGCAUGGGCGAGAUCAAUCAACGUUUCAAAACACCCUUCAAAGGCACAUUACUCACGGGCGUGCUGACUGGUCUUCUCGCCGCCAUCUUUAAACUCAGCCAGCUGGUGAGCAUAAUGUCAAUUGGUACGCUGCUGGCCUACUCGAUGGUGGCAAGUUGCGUCCUCAUUCUGCGAUAUGACGGUGAUGAUCGCAGGGAUGGUCGCUCCAUAGGAAAUGGACGCCCUCUGGUUGACUAUGGGCAAAGAAAUUGUAUGCUUUGGCGGCAAUUGUUCAACACCAACAACACUUCACUGGCGAACAAGAGGAGCAGCAGGCUAGUGACAUGCAUGAUAACGCUUUACUUUUGUUGGUGCUUUGUGUUCUCGCAUUUCUUGCAGAAGGUGGAAAUCGAACCGGCUAGCAUAACGCCGUUCUAUAUCGUCCUACUAGCUGUUACUGGAUUGCCUCUGCCACUCAUACUCUUAAUUAUUUCUCGUCAACCGCAUUCCAGCACCCAGCUGGCAUUCAAAGUACCUCUGGUGCCUUGGCUGCCGGGCCUGUCAAUCUUCAUCAACGUCUAUCUGAUGGUGCGCCUGGAUGUAAUGACCUGGGUACGCUUCGGCAUAUGGAUUGCCAUUGGCUUGAUGAUUUACUUCAGCUACAGUAUUCGCCACAGCCGCCAACGCAAGCGGGAAACGCGCCUAGUAUUACCCGAAACGGCGGAGAGCAGUGAAUCAGGAUUACCUCUGACUAAUGACUACACCGAGGUGCCGCUUAUCAUCAUGAAGAAUACAAGUUAAGGACUAAGGAAAAACGGAUUGAAAAGUUUACUUGGAAUCGAAGUAUUCUCGUAGCAUACUAUAUAAUAUUUUAGGUACUAAAUACAAGGUGCGACUUAUACAAACAUGCCAUAAGAUGAGCUCGAAGUACCCGAAUACAGUUGCUCUUGUAUUUAAAAUACUAACAAUAAGUUCAACUACCAUAACUUUUAAGAUGCACUCUCUUACCGGAUGAAUACAUCCUCCCUCAGAAAACAUAAAAUUAUUGGUAAAAUUUCCAAAGCACUACGUACUCUACACUUCAUAGGUAUUAAGUUGUAAGCAUACUAAAAAGUAUCAAAGUGAAGGCCUUCUGACUUACUCAUUAAAAAUUAGACGUAGUUCGAAUGUCUACCCACCUGCCACCUUUUUAUCUGCACGCCCAUCUUUUGUACAAACUUUCGACAGUUUUUUGACUACUUAAGAGGGAUUUGAAUAUUUAUUAACAUUCACACAAAAAUACUAUAUAUAAGUACUUAGUUAGUUAUAUAUAUUGCUUUGGUUUAUAGUUACUAUACUCAUGUAGAUAGAGUCUCGGAAUUUCGUAAUGAACUGGUACUAAUUUUUAAAUUUUUUUAUAUUAUAUGCCGUUAUGUAUUUAUACAUUAUUUAAGUAAAUAUAAAGUAUUUAUUGAUUCAAGCGUCUUAGAAGACCUUAGAAGACUUAUAAAUGUUGUAAAUUAUUAAAAUGACGAACUCAUUCGAAUUCUCUAUGCUUUUUAAAGGCCCAAAAGUAAUGUUUAAUUUAAAUAAUAA